UCAGCAUGGGCGGUGGAAAGGGCGGUUCCGACUUCGACCCCAAGGGCAAGUCAGACAACGAGAUCCGCAAGUUCUGCGUUUCCUUUAUGAGACAGUUGAACAAACAUAUCGGAGCCUACACAGACGUCCCGGCCGGUGAUAUCGGCGUCUCGUCCCGCGAACUAGGCUGGAUGUUCGGCGCCUACCGAAACGCGCGAAACCGAUGGGAAGGCGUCCUGACCGGGAAAGGCCUGAGCUGGGGCGGCAGCUUGAUCCGACCGGAAGCCACGGGGUAUGGGCUGGUCUAUUAUGUUGAGCAUAUGAUCAACUACGCCUCAGGCGGCACGGAAUCGUUCAAAGGCAAGCGCGUGGCCAUCACGGGGUCCGGAAACGUGGCCCAGUACGCAGCACUGAAGGUCAUCGAGCUGGGUGGCACCGUGCUCUCGCUGUCGGACAGCAAAGGCUCGAUUGUCGCGACUGGCGAUGCGGGCUUCACCCCGGAGAUGAUCACGGCCACCGCCGCGUUGAAGGUCGAACGGAAGGCCCUCACCGAGCUCUCUAUCGAUUCCGGAUUCCGGUACAUUGCGGGCGCCCGCCCGUGGAAGGAGGUUGGUCAGGUUGAUGUUGCUUUGCCGUGCGCGACCCAGAACGAAGUCUCCGGCGACGAGGCCGAGGCGCUGGUGGCUGCGGGCGCGAAGUUUAUCGCCGAAGGAAGCAACAUGGGCUGCACCCUGGAAGCGAUCGCCUGCUUCGAGAAAGAGCGAAGAGAAAAUAAGGGCGAGGCGAUAUGGUACGGACCGGGAAAAGCUGCCAAUGCUGGUGGCGUCGCCGUCUCCGGUCUUGAGAUGGCCCAGAAUAGCUCGCGCAUGACGUGGUCCUCAGAGGAGGUCGAUGAUAAGCUUAAGGGAAUUAUGAAGAACUGCUUCGAGAACUGCUUGGAGACUGCCAAAGAAUACGUCACCCCAGCAGAGGGAGAGUUCCCCAGCCUCGUCUCCGGGGCAAACAUUGCCGGUUUUAGUAAGGUUGCAGCAGCUAUGCACGACCAAGGCGAUUGGUUCUAAUCUCCUCGAUACCCUUGGAUUGCAAAGUCUUGAUACAUACUGCGAAGUCUUGGAUAUAUUUGGCGGGAUGGCAUGGCAAUGGCAAACUUUUGCAAAUGAUAUUUUACUAUGUACUUGGUGUUGGGGU